CUCAUGCUCCUGUCCAACAUGACUUACUUUAGCCCCAUGUUCUACCUCACUGGCUUUCCUGGUUUAGAAGCCAUCGAACACUGGAUCUUCAUCCCCUUUUUCUUCAUGUACCUCGUGGCCAUCUCAGGAAACUGUCUCAUUCUCAUAAUUAUUAAGACCAGCCCCCACCUGCACACACCCAUGUACUAUCUCCUCUCCCUGCUGGCCCUCACUGACCUGGGGUUGUCGGUGUCCACCUUGCCUACCAUGGUAGGGAUUUUUUGGUUCAACUCCCACAGCAUCUACUUUGGAGCUUGCCAAAUCCAGAUGUUCUGUAUCCACUCAUUUUCCUUCAUGGAGUCCUCAGUGCUCCUUGUCAUGUCUUUCGACCGCUUUGUGGCCAUCUGCAACCCCUUGAGGUACUCGGUUAUCAUCACUGGUCAGCGAGUGAUCAGGGUAGGACUGGUGGUCAUCCUGAGGGGACCUGUAGCCCUUAUCCCGAUUGUCCUGCUCCUGAAAGUGUUUCCCUACUGUGGGCCUCUGGUCCUCUCCCACUCGUUUUGUCUACACCAGGAAGUGAUACACCUCGCUUGUGUGGACACCACCUUCAACAACCUGUAUGGACUGACCCUGGUGGUGUUCACCGUGAUGCUGGACCUGGUGCUCAUUGCACUGUCCUAUGGAUUCAUCCUGCACGCGGUGGUGGGCCUGGCCUCCAGAGAGGAACAGCUCCGAGCCUUCCAAACAUGCACUUCCCAUCUCUGUGCUGUGCUCCUGUUCUUUGUGCCCAUGGCAGGGCUGUCCCUGGUGCACCGCUUUGGGAAAAAUGCUCCCCCUGCCGUUCACCUUCUCAUGGCCAACAUCUACCUCUUCGUGCCUCCCAUGAUUAACCCAAUCAUAUACAGUAUUAAGACCAAGGAGAUCCGCAGGGCCAUCAUCAAGCUCCUGGGCCUUAGAAAAGUCAAUUCUGAGUCCUGGGGCGAAAUGUGUCACUGA